CUGUCUCCUCCAAUCCGCAGCGCCAUCGGUCCUGCCCAGUCUGGCUGCUGGGCUAGAAAAGAGCGUUGGUGCCGGUGGAUAGAGAUGAAUCCUUGCUGGCGUCCGCGGCUCGGAGUCGCUGAGGAGCGGCUGCUGUUGGUUUCUUUGCCGACACAGUGCUGUUCUUGACCAUUAUCCCAUUGAGAACACCAGGGAAGCCCAGCCACCGCCAGCAUGUCCAAGCACAGACUUAUUAUACUGAGACAUGGAGAGGGUGAAUGGAAUAAGCAGAACCGAUUCUGUAGCUGGGUGGACCAGAAACUCAACAGUGAGGGACUGCAGGAGGCUCGGAACUGUGGGAAGCAACUCAAAGCCCUGAACUUUGAGUUUGAUCUGGUCUUCACCUCCAUUCUCAACAGGUCCAUUCACACAGCCUGGCUGAUCCUGGAAGAGCUGGGGCAGGAAUGGGUUCCUGUGGAGAGCUCCUGGCGUCUCAAUGAGCGUCACUAUGGAGCCUUGAUUGGCCUCAACAGGGAGAAGAUGGCCCUGAAUCAUGGUGAAGAGCAGGUGAGGCUCUGGAGGAGAAGCUACAACGUUACCCCGCCUCCUAUUGAGGAGUCCCAUCCCUACUUCCACGAGAUCUACGGGGACCGGCGGUAUAAAGUGUGCGACAUAGCCCUGGAUCAACUGCCACGUUCAGAAAGCUUGAAGGAUGUUCUGGAAAGACUUCUUCCCUACUGGAAGGAAAGGAUUGCUCCUGAAAUACUAAAGGGCAAAACCAUUCUGAUAUCUGCUCACGGGAAUAGCAGUAGAGCCCUCCUGAAACAUCUAGAAGGUAUCUCAGACGAAGAAAUUAUCAACAUCACUCUUCCCACCGGAGUGCCGAUUCUGCUGGAGUUGGACGAGAACCUGCGUGCUAUUGGACCUCAUCAGUUCCUGGGUGACCAGGAGGCCAUCCAGGCAGCCAUUAAGAAAGUGGAUGACCAAGGAAAAGUGAAGCAAGGCAAAAAAUAAAACUUACCCGGUGUGGCCAGGAGCCAGUGCCGGAGUGGUGUUCAGUGUGUUGCUGCGUGGGUUUCUCCUUUCCCCAAUGCCCCCGUUCUCCCAAGGCUAGGCUGUGUGGUAGAGUUUCUGUAGAUAACCGGGUAAUCUAUCAUGGCCCAGAUAAGACCUUAGGAUGCUGGAGAGCUUUUGACUUAAGCCUAUGCUAACCUUUCUGCUACUCCUGUUUGAAUUAAGUUAUCAGUGGGGUUUGAUCAAGGCUGUUUUAUGAGUUUUGGAGACAGGAGAGUAGCAAGUGGAGAUCAAAUUGAUUAUCACCUAACAAGUCAUUACUGAGUUACCACUGACAGGCACUGUUCCAGUGAGCAGUUCACCUUUUCAUUUAGUAGUUCUGAGAUGAGUGAAGACUACUAGGUAGUACUGUGGUAGUUUAGACCAGAGGCCCCUCAAAUGAGAACGCCACAAACAGAUCCUAGGGAAGAUAGCCGAGCAUCACAAUAGGGCAAGGAGCUUUAAUCUCUCCUAGCCCAGCGCUGCCCUGCAUGCCAUCAAUGGAGACGGUCUUCAGCCACUAGAAUGAUCGGGACAUGCACAGCUGUGGCUGUUUAUAUCCUCUUUCUGUUUCAUUUUUAGUUUUUGAACUUUAAUCUCUGGGUACUUAACAGUUAGUUUAAAAUAAAGUUUUGUGAUUGCAAA